AGUAAGACUACUAAAUAGAAGAUUGAUUUUGAACACUUGGAGACAAUAAUUGAAAAUUCUCAAAGUUUAAGAGCAAAUCUCUUCUCUUAUAAUUACAGCACAAAAAGACAGCUCUCCGCCAGCGCAAAACAACCAUAACAUCGCCGACGACGGUGAGGAGGACGCCGACGACGUUUAAGUUCGGUCGCGGGGGGUUUUAGGGUUUGGUUGAGGGAGGAGGCAGUGUAGGAGUAGAAGGAGGAUGGCGGAGGUUAUUCUCCACAUCUACGAUGUGACGAACAGUGCCUCCGACAAGACCAACUCCACCAUUCUUCAGAUCAACAGGAUUUUCAAAGACGGCAUCGGUCUCGGCGGCAUCUUUCACAGCGCUGUCCAGGUUUAUGGAGAUGAGGAAUGGUCAUUUGGGUUUUGUGAACAAGGUACUGGUGUAUUUAGCUGCCCUGCAGGACAGAAUCCAAUGUAUUCAUAUCGUGAAAGCAUCAAUCUUGGACAAACAAACUAUUCAAUUUUCAAGGUGAAUCAGAUACUCAGAGAACUUAGUAGAGAGUGGCCAGGUUGCUCAUAUGAUUUGUUGUCAAAGAACUGCAAUCACUUUUGUGAUGAGUUCUGUGAAAGACUAGGUGUGCCCAAGCUUCCAGGUUGGGUAAAUAGGUUUGCCAAUGCUGGUGAUGCUGCUGUUGAGAUAGCAGGAAACACAGCCUUUCGGCUGAGGCAAGCAAAAACAGAGAUUGUUACAGCAAGCAAAGUGGCUUAUCGGUUCCUUUCAGGAAUCGCCUCCAAUAAUUCUGGUAGUAACCCCGAUUCCCCUAGCAAUUCCACCAGAGGAAGUCCUCGCCUCCAAGCCACUUGGUUCAAAAACCUCAUUUCUACGGGGGCCAGACCAUCAAGUAGUUCGGAUGUAGAGAGUCGAGAUGAAGAGAUUAUGCGGCCUCCACAGCAGCGUCAAGAUGCAGAAGCACCACCAGCUCUAAGGCAGAGCCCCGUGCAUGGACCAUGAAGGAGUUUUCUCCCCAGCAUAGUUGUGUUUAUAUUCAAGAACAUGUAGACUAAACUUGAAAUUGUUUGUGGGAUCAGUGUGUAGUGUAAAAAACUGAAUUUGUUGAUCACUGCAUUAAGUCUUUCUUGUUAUUGUAAUUGAAUUGAACGCCACCCACAUGGUAUCACAGUUAUGUACCAUGAUUUGCAUUGAAGUCGUUGAAAGUAAAAAUGAGGUUUAGAGUUCAUAUGA